GUCUCCCCUUCGACUACCACGCUCAAUUUUAUAAAUAGCCAUCCAUUUCUGAAUUUCUCACUAGACCGCCACGGAUUACGGACUAAACAAGACCCCGAACGCGGCUCUCAAGUUGUUCAGUGUUUUUUUUUCUAACACUCAUUUGAUUUCCCAUCAAUCGCGGAACGUCUCGCGGAAAAUUGCACCAAGCCAUCUUCAAGUGCCGUAUCCGAUCGUGAGUGAAGUGAUCUUUUUCUUCGUUUUUUUUUGCACUUUGAAAACGGAAGAGUGUUGAUUGGAAAUUGCAGCAUAAUGUGGAUUUCUACAAUUUUUAUCGCUACUCUGGCUUUGGGUUCAUUGAAUCUUGCAGCGUCAGAGGAAAAAAAUGUCGAUGAGAAAACAGUAGUUGCAGCAGCAGCAGCAUCAGCGGAGAAAGUGCAAGAGAAGAGACAAAUCUCUGGGCACACCAAAGUUCCCACCAAACUCACGGCGGAUUUUACACCCUUGAUCUAUGGCAAUCAAGUGACACCGGGAUUGGGUCAGUACGCCAUCCCCGAUGAUCCUGCCACGUAUGCAUCAUCAGCAACAGCGAGAAAGUUACCCAACAAUGCCAACAGCAAUUACUUGAAGCUCGCGCAAGGACAACUCUCACCAUCUGUUGCCCCACAGCAAUUUCAUGUGGAAAAGGGAUUGUAUCAGCAGCAGCAACCAUUGGUCCUCCCACAGGCACCACGUGUGAAUACCAUUUCUGAUGCUGAGUACCUCCAGCUCAUUGCAAACACGCAGAAAUUCCAUCAGGCAGCUGCUGCUCAGCCACCCCAGGCCCAACAUUUCAUUCCCUUCGUCCCGCAUCAGGGAGCUGUUCUCCUCGGUCAGCGUCAGUAUGCUCAGUUGUAUCAGAAGCCCACAGGACAUCCCCUUGGAGAUUCAUCGCUUGAGAGGGAAAUUGAGAAGCUUGUGGCUGCAAAUGUGCCCCAGCAGGCAGCAUCGAGUCAACGACAGACGACAAAAGUGACAAAGGGACGACAAUUUCUGCCAAAGAAUCAGCACAAUUUUGUCUUCAUACCCUAUCAGCCACAGGCUCUGCAACAGUACAUUCCACAGCAGCAGCAAUACGCAGCAGCAGCAGCAGCUUCAAUCCCACAGGCAGCAUUGAAGCAGCAGCAACAGCAGCAAAUCUUUGCUGAUUACCAAGCAGCCAGCAAAUUCCCUCAGUUCUUACCUCCACAACAGGCUCACUUUGUUCCCAUUCUUCAGCAUCAAGUGCAACCAUUGCAGCAAUUCCAAGCGGCGGCAGCUCCUCAACAUCAACAGGCGCAUCAGCAGCAGCAGCAACAUCUGCAACAGCAACUUCUACAGCAGGAACACGCGCUGGCAAGUCCCAUUCACUCAUACCACGAAAAGGCACCCCAAAGUACGCCACAAAAUGUACACAAUACACAAUUUCCUACCACAAAGCCCGUGGAUGCUAAGAAGCAGCAGCACGCGAAGCCUGAGCAGCCGCAGCAGAAGCAAUCGGCACACUCUUCAAUCUUUGUCUCACACUCCACCAGCACCCCAUCACCAUCCUUCGCUAGUCCCACCAAACAAUCGCACUAUACCGCUAAGCCUGCAUCCCAUUCACAGGAGUCCCAGCAGCACUCCAGUCAACCCGCUUCUCAAGUAUCCGUUAGCAGCCUGGCGGAGUCCGUCUUCAAAACUCCACCAUCCCAGCAGCGUCCACUCACGCAGCAAGAAUUCCAAGCUCUCGUCGAUGCCGGCUACCCUGUAACACCCAUCCACGUCCCCGUGCCAGUUCCCAUCUCUGCUGAUAAGUAUGAGAAUCACCAGGGACAGCCCCAGGCGCAAGCCUACGCUCCUCAACAGCAGUAUCCCACACACAAAUUUGCCCCACAGACGGCAGGGAGUCAAUACCAACCCGCCAUCCUUGCUCCUGCCACCUUCUACGCUCCUCAUCCCCAACAUCAGUACUACCAGCAGCGUCAGCAGCGGGACACAACAAAGGAGACAAAACCCUAAGAAAAUAGAGCACAUCACAGCUCCUUUUGGAAGCUUCCUCCUACACCACCACCUCCACCAACCACCCUAUACCCCCAAUCCUAGGGGAGCGUCUCAGUAGCGCUCUUCACUCCUGCGUAGUAUUAUUUCUUUUUCUUACACUUAAAGAUUUAAUUUGUUGUAUAUUUAUUAAUUAUGUAAAAUAAAUAAAAAAUACAAAAAAUUUCCCUAAAAAA